AUGGAGUCUGUAACUCUUCAAUUUCUUUUCGAAGAUUCUUCACAACUUCCACUUUUAACUUUUAAGUCCAAAAUUGCCCUGGCUUCAAUUAAACAUCUAUUUCAAUUCUUAAAGUCGAAAUUGAUUGUUGAAAAACCGGAGACAAAUCAUUAUUACAUAAAUUUACGUUAUUACGAGCGAAAAAUACCAUCAAACAAAUUUAUUACUCACUCAGAAGCUGUUUAUAUAUCAGAACACCUUAAAAUCAUGAAAUCAUUUGGAAAAGAUCCAAUUGUCCGCGGAAAACCUAUUAGUUUUGCCGAGGCAAAGAAAGACCUUUCGAAUUCACAAGCAUUGAAAGCGAAAGUAAUGACACACGGCCUUGAUGAAGAAUCAAGAUGGUUUGUUUGGCUUUAUUUGCUUGGAAUAUACGAUCCUAAUAAGUCUUAUGAUGAGAACAUCGCUUCUAUUACAAAUAACAAUUAUAUUUACGAAUCAAUUCGUAAAUCUUGGAAUAAUAUUCCGAAAAUACAAAUGAACGAAACAAGUUCGAUUUCCAAGCUUGCUAAUGAUGUAAUGAAAGACGUCAAGCGUACAGACCGAAAUUUAGAACAAUUUUCACGUGAUGAUCAUCCAAAUCUUUCCGUUUUGAAUAAUGUCUUAGUUUCUUAUGCUAUGUAUUGCAAAGACACAGGAUUUGUUCAAGGCAUGGGAGAUAUCGUUUCUCUUUUCAUUAUUUUGUACAUAAAAUCCUGGGACAACGAAAAAACUUGUAACUUAGUUGAUGGUCGAAAAGUUGACAAAGAAACGGCCGAAAACUUCAUUUUCCAGAUUCUUUGCAAGAUGAUGACAAUCACACAGCAAGACAGGAUGUUCACUGAUCUCUUGAAACAACAAGAAUUCGCUUUCGAGAGAGUUUUCGACAUCAUCAAAGAUUUCCAUCCAAAUCUCGCUGAAUGGCUCCAAAACAAUCAAUUGCAGAACUUAAUUUUUCUUUACAGACACAUUAUAUUGUUGUUUAAACGUGAGUUUAAACUAGAAAGUGUCUUAAGGCUUUGGGAUGCAAUAUUUAGCCAUGAAAAACCUUUCGUUUUCAUUAGAUAUUUUUGUGCCGCAAUUUUAAUUAAUUCAUUCCCUCAAUUAAUUGUUUCAACGAGUGGAGCAAUUGAGGAAGUCAUGAAUUUCAUUGACGAAUACAUAAGGAACAUGGAUGUCGAACAAAUUAUUGGUUUGUCGAUAGUUCUUUAUGAAAGAUAUCAUUUGGGAUGUACUUGCGAUCCUCUCCCUUCAAAUUCCCAGUUUAUCAAUUAUAAGUGUGAAAAAUUGAAACUUAUCUCUAAAUAA